GUUCUUUCUCUCUCCCUCGCUCCCUCCACGACUCAUCACUCAACUAAACUCGCGUCGACAAAAAAAGAAAACGAUUUUUCUGCCCCCCCAAAAUUUUUUUUUGCCCCCGCCUUCUCACUACUCACUGGCUCUAUGGCCUUUCACGUAGCUUGCCCAAUUACAUGCCUUCGAAUAUGCUCCUGCAAGCUAGGGUUUCCGCGGGAUCUGCACGGGGAGGCAUCAAAGUCCGAUUUCCUGCUCGACGUUUCCAGAAUCGAGGAGCUAUGGAGGGAUCCCUCGCGAAUUAGGGCUUCCAACGGGGCUACCGUUCAGGUUUUGGUUCCUAAGAUUGUGCCUGCUCCCCCACCUCCUAUCCCUGCUUCUGCUGCUUCCAUUCCGGUUUCGGUUCCCAUUCUAGCUCCUCGGCCGGUUGUUGUUGGGGAAGUCGAUGGGGAUGCUGAUCUUGGUGGAGAGGAUUCCGCGGCUUUGUCCGCUUCUGCACACACCAAGCGUGUGGCGCUUCAGAAGAAGGCUGCUGCUACUGUGGUUGCUGCUGAGGAUUUCGCUCGAAGAUUCGAGUCUGGUGACGCUGCGGCGGUCUCAAGAGACACCAAUGCAGAUGAGCAAGUACUUACCAACACAACCUCAAAGGUGAUGUGUCGAAUGUGCUUCUCAGGUGAAACAGAUGGUAGCGACAGAGCAAAAAAGAUGCUUUCUUGCAGAAGUUGUGGCAAGAAGUAUCAUAGGGGCUGUUUGAAAGCCUGGGCACAACACAGAGAUUUAUUUCACUGGAGUUCAUGGUCCUGUCCAUCUUGCCGGACGUGUGAGAUAUGCCGAAGAACUGGAGAUCCAAAUAAGUUUAUGUUCUGCAAAAGGUGUGAUGGUGCUUACCAUUGUUACUGCCAGCAUCCUCCACACAAGAAUGUCAGCUCAGGACCAUAUUUGUGCUCCAAACAUACAAGGUGCCACAGUUGUGCAUCUACCGUCCCUGGAAAUGGUUUAAGUGUGAGGUGGUUUCUUGGGUUCACAUGCUGUGAUGCUUGUGGACGAUUGUUUGUGAAGGGGAAUUACUGCCCAGUUUGUUUAAAGGUUUAUAGAGAUUCAGAAUCAACACCAAUGGUCUGUUGUGAUAUUUGCCAACGUUGGGUGCACUGUCAUUGUGAUGGCAUAAGUGAUGAGAAAUAUAUGAAGUAUCAGGUUGAUGGUAAUCUCCAGUAUGUAUGUGCAACAUGUCGUGGAGAGUGCUAUCAGGUUAAGGAUCUUGAGGAUGCUGUUCAAGAGAUGUGGAGAAGACGGGAUAAAGCUGAUCAUGAUUUGAUUGUCAGCUUGAGGGCUGCUGCAGGAUUGCCAACUCAAGAAGAUAUUUUCUCUAUAUCACCUUCCUCUGAUGACGAAGGUAAUGGACACAUGACUUCAAAGAAUGAGUUUGGGCGUUCUUUGAAGUUUUCACUCAAAGGUGUCAUGGAUAAGUCACCAAAGAAGACCAAAGAUUAUGGAAAGAAGUAUUUUAAUAAAAAAUCGAGCAACAAGAAGAGCUCUGAUGUGAACUUAAUGAGUAAGACAGAAGCAGAUGUGGAUCAACGUGAGAAACGAUCUCAUGGACACAGUUCUGAGGAGAGAAAGGACUACGUGUCUCAUUCUCAAAAGAAUGCAGGAUUGGUUGGACUUCCUUCUCCUGCUGCUGCUGCUGUAAAUCACUCUAAUCCAACAAACUCUGUUGGGCGGCCAGGGGAUCUAAAACAGAAGUCCGUUGAUGAGGUGAUGGUUAGUGAUGGUGAUAAGGGGACGAGGAUUGUUAAGAUUAAGAGCAACAAGCCUCCUGAUAUUGAUAGUGGAGAUGAUAAAGAUAAGCAUGGCAACAAGAUGAUAUCUGUGAAAACCAAGAAGCUAGUAAUAAAUCUAGGUGCACGAAAGAUAAAUGUUACUAAUUCCCCAAAAUCUGAUGUUUCAAGUUGCCAAAAAGAGCAAGAUUUGCCACAUUCCAAUGGACGUGAAGAUACUGGCAAUCCUAAAAUUGGCGACAAUCUGGUGGACAAAGAUAGCGGGGCUGCUAAACCUGGAAUUGGAGGCAGAUUUGAUCAAUCUGGCCAAGUAAGGCUUCUGAAGUUUGCUCGAAGAGGGAGUAGUUUGAUUAAACUUGGGAAAGUGAAAGAAACAUCUGAAGGGAAUCCAAAACUCGAGCAAGAUAAUAGCACACAUACGAGUGCUUCGUCAGUGGCCAGAAGCAGUGGUACUGCCACAGCUACACUCGGACGUGUAAGCGAAGUUCCAGUAUUAAGAAGUGACAAGGCACCGCAGGGGGAAGAAUCUGCAACGCCAGAUACAAAUACUGAAACCAAUGAUGAUUGUGGUGGUACAACUGCAUCCCUUUCUUUGGCCAAAGAUUCAAAGUUCUCUCUGAAGUUAAAGAUUAAGAAACCUAGCCUGGAGAAUCAAAGCUCUCAAAAUGCUCCACCUGAAGAAAAGACUGCCAUAAGAGGGCAGAGAUCAAAAAGGAAGAGAUCAUCAGCCUUUGCAGAGAAGGCGCCAUUGAAUGAAGAUGAAACUGUUGUACAAGACAGCGAGAUGUUAGAAGCUAGCUGGAUACUGAAAAAAUUGGGGAAAGAUGCAAUUGGGAAGCGAAUUGAAGUCCACCAGCCAUCCGAAAGCUCCUGGAACAAGGGAGCAGUUUCUGACGUAAUUGAAGGAACAUCAAAGUUAUCUGUGACCUUGGAUGAUGGCAGAGUCCUCACUGUUGAGCUCGGAAAGCAGGCUGUUAGAUUUGUUCCACAAAAGCAAAAGAGGUGAAUAUGGAGCAUCAAACUCCCUUCAGCACAAGUUCUUGGUGGUCCAAGACGGGAAAUGAGAAGCUCUUAUUAUUGCUGAAGAUACUACCUCCAUUGGCCAGAUCAUCAAGUCGAUUUUCUUCUGGGUGCCUGCCAAAUCUCAGGCUCCAGGCUCUUCAUCAAUUGUUACCAUGUCCAUAUGAAGCUAGAUAUGAUCUCGAUGACUGAUUUUCCUUUGUAGUAAUUACUGCCUGUAUUGGAACCGAAACGCCUAAACCCCAUUUAGGAAUCCAAUGUUUGUAGUAAUAACCUUUAGCGUGUAAUUUGUAUUUAGUAGUUAGGCAUCAUAUUAUAUGCCACUGCUUGGCACUUGACUUGUUAAUUGAAUUGAUCUUAAGGGCUCACAUCUCACAAACAACUCUUUCCUAAGCAAGACUAUCACAGUUGGUACAAUUUUCGUCAGCAUCAAAAUCAGACUCUGCAUUUCAUUUUUUUUGUUUCCAAAAAUGUUGAGAUUGUGGCAUUUUGAGAAACAGAAGUCAGGAUCUGAAGGCUGCAAAAUCAGACAGGUGGUGGUGGCAAGUCUAACAACAGCCAGAAUCCGACACAGUCAUCUGAAUCCAAGUCUUCUUGUACAGCAAGGAAAUGGAGACCUCCGCAUGUCUUUUUUGCAGCCUCCCACGAUUCAGCUUCAGCUGUUGUCACAGGACUUUUGUUGUAGGUGGCGUAGAUGUAGCGAGUGGAGACUCCAACAGAGAGGAUCAAGCAGCCUUUGCUUGUGUCCGAUUCGACUGCGCAAACUUCCAGUCCAUUCAUCCAAGCUGCCAAUGGUUUGGCUCGUGAUGAAGCAACAGACAGCCCUGGAAUUAGUGUUUCGUCAUCCACUGCAAUGCCAAGGAGAUCCAGAUCUAGACUCGAACCGAACAUAAAUCUUGUAUCCAUUGAUGCGAUUUCUUCUCGGAUAGCUGAAAAUGGUAACUGGACGAAAGCCCACUUAUCUCCGUAGAGAUUCUCUGGGAGGUCUAUUGGGAAUGGAUUGUCUAAUGCAAGGAGGGGUUUGGAUCCCUUCUGAAACCCAGGGUGGCGUUUGUAUACCGUCUCGUAUCGUUCUCCCAGCCACAGCUGUAGUGAUAGACACUGCACAAUGGAGAAUAGGCUUUAUCCCCAGCUCUCGGCACGCCUUGGUUAUGAUAGUCUGCAUCUGCGACCUGAAGAAGCGUAUCUUCUGGGGCAAAGGGACACCCAGAUCCUCAGAGAUGGAACCAAGAGCGUCUCUCAGGGUGAUGCUGUUGAUCGCAUUAUUGGGGAAGUACUUGGUGAACUGCAGCGCCAAGGACUCGUCACACACAACCAGCUCCCACACUUUCUUCCCUCGGAUGUCCAGCAUCGGCCUUGAACAGAAAUCCAGCUCCCACUCCAAGAUGCUAUCCGGGUCGGUUUCCGGGUCCAGGUAGCUCAUCUCCGCGGUCGGGUCGUCUUCCUCGUACUCCUCCACCCCUGCUUCCUCCUGCGUCGAAACCCGGAGCUUGGGGAACCCGUGGGCAAGUUUUCGGCCGCUUGAGGCAUUUGGCUGGAUGGAGAAGGACACUCUGGAAGUUGGUUUCCGAAAAGAGGCUGUUUUCGUUUUGGGGGUUCGAGGAAUUCUGGUGGGGUUGAAGCUCAGAGUGGCCAUGGCGAAUUGGCGAAGAAGCUCCCAGGGCGGAAGCGAAAGGAAGUUGAUAAGUGUGGUAAGUUUGGUCCUUACAUGACCACCACUCGAAC